CUGGGUUCGGAAAUAUGCAGAGCCUGUGUUUCUUCUCCAGCCAUGUUCAAAUAUUAUUAUGAACUUUCAAGACCAAGGUCAAAAUAUCACGUGUCUGGCCCAUGUGAUUAAUCACAUGAUCUAGGAACAAAAUGGCGGACGUAAAAUUGUGGAAGUACAUGUCAUUUCCAUUUGUUAUCGUUUUAUUGUUAAGUAAUACAGGUUCAUCAUCUUUGAUAAAUGAGGAUAUAUGCAAAGUAUGUAAGGCGAACAAGCAAACUACAAUAAAAGAAUACACUCAACUCAUUGCAACACCUCUUCUGUGCAAAGAUACAAAAGAGCAAGUAAAAUGCAGAAGACUUCAAGAGAUCACCAAUGAUAUACUCCUACCUCAUUUUAAUAAGCAAGCCUUAGACUUUUGUGAGAAAUGUGAAGAAAAUAAUUCUGAUGAAAUCAACUCUACAGAUUAUAUAGAAAUAUUAACUUCAAAAAGUGUAACAGUAGAUGCAGAGUGUGAAUUAUGUAAAUAUUUUGUGACCUUGAUCCAGAAAAGUGUCAACAAAUCAGCAGUAUUUGAUGAAAUAAAACAAUUUAUAUAUGAUGGUUGCAUGUCAACUGUCAAUAAUACAAUAACGUGCAAACUAGCAGCCACAACAGCUGAGGGUAUUCUGAGGGACCUAAUCCAGGAAGGGCUGUCUCCUGCAAAUGCUUGCUUGAAAUCUGGCUUCUGUAAAAGUGGUGUAAGGCUCGACUUCAGUAAUACAAACAAACGUUGCAAUGUCUGCAUGGAUGCUAUGGAUAAACUUGAUGAUUACUUAGAGAAGAACUAUAGCAACAUUCGGGAAUACUUGACAAAGUUAUGUCACUCCACCAUUCCGCCAUCUGUUGACAAAAAGAUUCUGGAUAAGUGCUUAUACCUUGCUGUCAACCUCAUUCCAUUCCUACUGAGUAACAUCCUGAUACCUGGUGUAUUCUGCCUCAACACUGGAUACUGUCCUGACACAAGCUCCAAUAUGCUUUCAGACAUCUCCUUUUGAUCUCACAUGGAUGCAGCAGAUUAGAAUCAUAGGAUUGCAUGGAAUCUUCAACUAAUAGACAACAUUGGCCUAAUACUCUAUAUAAAACAAAUAUCAAAUUAAAUUAUUUGUUGCAUCAUUAUCAGUGUGAAAGGCACAAAAUGACUUCAUAUUGAAAUUAGACAGUAGAGAUAAGUUAUACCCAGGCAUGACUGAUAUUUUUGAACAUAUGCACUGGUGCAUUACCAUUCAAAGUGUGGUGGACUGGUGGUUGCUUUUUUCGAACAUUAACAUGAACUGGCUGCUUUACAUAUUUAAAUUCUCAAUGAUCAACUGAGAAAUAUGAGUGCUUAUUUUCCAUAAAUUAUAUGUUUGAAAUUGUCCAGUUUGAGCUGUUAUUUUAACUAAAAUGUAAAGUUGUGACUAAAAAUGCAAAAGUGCAAAUAGUAAAUGCAAAUAUAUUCACUGUUGGUAUUCCUUAACCUUGUGUUUUUGUAUUUUCAUCUAAUUUCAAAUGCCAGGUAAUUGUUUUUCUGCUUUUGUAUUAAAUAUUACUCGGUCAGUCUCUUUGAGUGAAUGUAUAAAUUACUUGGGUUUACCACAUUGAGUAACAAGGCACAGGGUGAACAAUAUCAUACCUAAAACAAAGCAGUGUGAGC